AUGGCCUCCUCCGCAACCAGUCUCAAGCGCCCCCAUCCCGACGCGCCCGUCUCCAACUUUCCCGUUCCCAACACCCACCUCUCUCCCAAUGCGAAGCGCGUCCGUCGUACUGUCACCACCCCGAAUACCAUUGCUACCAUUCUACGUUCUGACAACCCAGUCCCUUCUAAAUAUGCCCUCCGCCUAUCUUUUCUCCAGUCCCUCCACAUCCCGGAGUCAGCCGUCCUCGGCUUGUUGCAGGGCUUGUCCAACGAGGCCGCCGCCUUUCUCGCCAUCGUCGAUUUGAACCUCUAUCGAGACAACUUGCUUCAGAUCAUCUCCGACUUCUCGAAUAGGGGCGUCUCUAUCAGCACCCUUAACGUCAAGGCUCAUGCUUUCAUCAUGAAUGAGAAGCAAGGCGUUUUGAACAGCUUCAAAUCGUUCUACGGCCAUCAGGCAUGGCCGUGUCGCGUCGCAGAAUACAUUGCAGGUACCGUGUUCGGGGAAGAAACCGCUAUUUCUAUCAAUGUCAUGAGUGGCGGAGGUGUCAGAGACGUCCUCAUAGCAGACUGGUGUACUUUUUACUACAAGACUCCCACCCCUACUCCACCGCAGAUUAUUCUACUCACUGCACCGUCCGGCGCUGUCUUCCUCAUUCCCUUCAUCCCUUGAUUUCUUUAUCUAUCACCUCUCAGCCAUAUUCUGUCUGUACAUAUGCUUUUUAUCUUCACGUAAACAACUGCCGUCUACGUUGCUCUU